GCGAUGUCGAGGCAGAGAGUUUGGUGUGGGAGAGGGACAUGGACCGAGGGCGCUCUUCCGACUAGCACAGGCCGAGAGCGACUCAUAUAGCCAGAACUCUUGAAAUAAUAGAUGAGAUCGGGUCUUCGAUAUCCUAAAACAAAACCUCGUAUAAGCAGCCCAUCUUUCACAUCUACUUCACGCACACACUAACACGGCAUUGAUGGUAAUGUAUACAAGGAAACAACCGAGACUCGGCGAUGGGUGCAACGACCGAAGGGACUCUCAGCCCUACCAGACUUUUAAAUACACGUCUAAGAGUCACCCGGGUGGUGGUGAUCCCCGGCAUGAGAAGACACGAGAGAGCAAUGAGGCCACGCCGCCGUGCAAGAUGUUGCGCAGAUCAGACAGUCCUGACAGCAAGCACACUGAGAGCAGUGCACACAGCAGAGCUAAAUCCACACAUCUCCACCGGGCCAGAGACCGAGACGGAGGCACCAGUAUUUCCCCUCAAGAGAAUUCACACAACCACAGUUCGCUGCACAGCUCCAACUCUCACCCGAACCCCAAUAAAUCAGACACAGCAUACGACCCUGCAGAUGACUGGUCGGAGCACAUCAGCUCUUCAGGGAAGAAGUACUACUACAAUUGCAGAACAGAAGUUUCACAGUGGGAGAAGCCUAAAGAGUGGCUGGAGAGAGAACAGAGACAAAAGGAGGCAUCUAAGAUGGCAACGGCAACAGCGGUGGUCAAUAGCUUCCCUAAAGACAGAGACUACAGACGUGAAGCGAUGCAGGCUGCUCCCACAAGCUUUACCCCCACUAAGUCUGUAGUUGCCACAGAAAAGUCUUCAUCCCUCACCCCGUCCUCUUCCUCUGCUGCUGUGUCUGGGCUAAGUGCCACCAAUCCCGCUAGCUCCGCGUCAAGUUCUACAGUUUCCCCGGUGAUGCAGUCCCCUGCUACACCUACUAUCCUACAAGACCCCUCCCUUUUACGCCAGCUUCUCCCAGCGCUACAGACGGCCCUGCAGUUGAACAAUGCUAGUGUGGAUAUGUCUAAGAUCAAUGAAGUUCUCACAGCUGCAGUAACACAAGCUUCACUGCAGUCAAUGCUCCACAAGAUCCUAACUGCUGGUCCGUCUGCCUUCAAUAUCACAACACUUCUUUCACAGGCUGCCCAGCUCUCUAGUCAAGCUCAGCAGUCUAGCCAGUCUCCGAUGUCCCUGACGUCAGAUGCUUCGUCCCCCCGGUCAUAUGUGUCUCCGAGGAUCAGCACACCCCAGACUAACACGGCACCUUUAAAACCUCCCCUGAGUAUCACGCCUGUCUCAUCUCAGACCAAGGCAAAUGCUCUGGGGAUUAAGACCAGUUCUCUUCCUCCACCCUCGUCUCAGCAGCCCCUCCCUUCAGAUAAACACCAUGACAACAGCAACUCCCCACGGACACUGCAGCGACAGAGCAGUAGCCAGAGAAGUCCUUCUCCUGGUCCAAACCACGUUGGAAACAGUAACAGCAGCAAUAAUGGCAGUGGUGGCGGUCAGAGCACUGGCAUGGGGAGUGGAGCAGGGCCUGCCAGUUCAGUACCAACUGGAACACCCACGUCCAGACAAGGCUGCUCCUUCACUCCUUCGCUGGCAGCACACUUUAACGAGAACCUCAUCAAACACGUGCAAGGCUGGCCUGCAGAGCACGUCGAGAAACAGGCAUCACGAUUACGUGAAGAAGCUCACACCAUGGGCAGUAUUUACAUGUCUGAAAACUGUACAGAGCUAAAGAACCUGCGCUCACUAGUGCGCGUGUGUGAAAUCCAGGCCACACUGCGUGAACAGAGGAUACUCUUUUUGAGACAACAGAUUAAAGAACUCGAAAAGUUGAAGAAUCAGAAUUCCUUCAUGGUUUGAGAACUUGGUUUGUUUGGUGUGGGUUUUACCUAGAUGGACAGCAGUGGUAUGAGGAUGAGUAGGAAUCCAUUUUACAUGCACAGAACCUGGAGAAUCAGCGUGCUGCUGUUCUGCUCUGGGUCCAGUCUUACGCAAAAGGAGCGGCAGCGAACUGUUGACAAAAUGGCAUGGUAGAGGGAUGAUGGGUGGAGGUUAUGGGCCAGAGGAGGUGAAGAUGUUUUGGGACCUGCUCUUUACCAGGGGCCGUGUAUAUGUAGAUUUCUUGUAGAUGUUGUUUUCAUGUUGUAAAUACGUUUUGUAGAUGAAGCCAUGCCUAUCAGAAAAGCUUUUGUCAUCCAAUUGAAAAAAAAAGAAGACCUAAUCAGCACCAACUUUAGCUGAGGACAUUCGUGGUCUUCGAUGUCCAUGUGUAGGGGGAGAAAUCUGGCUACAGAUUUUAAAACCUGCUUUUGAAAAAAAAAAAACAGAAACCUGCUUGUCAGGGGGGAAAAAAAAAACA